CUCGCCUGCCGGAAAUGGCGGCGGCGAGCGAGCGAUGCGCCGGAAGGAGCGAUGAUGGAGCGAGAGAUGUCAUAUCGACUUCCCCUACUCUGAAAUGAUUGACAGAUGGCGAUCCAGUCACGGAGCGGUGCCGGCGAUGCUGAGUGGUAUAUGAGGAGUGGCCCGACGUGACGAGUUGGACCGAAGAAGAGCCUCUAGACCGCACGUCACCCCGCUACAUCCCGACCUCCAGCCAAACGCUGCCCCACCUCAACGCCAGAAACACCCGGUAUUUUUUCUUUCCCUCCAAUAGCCGCCAGCUCCGACCAUCACAACCAUCAAUCACCACUUGUCUCCCACUCUCCUGCAACUCCUCUGACUCCGUGUCUGCUUCACACUCCACACACCCCUCACACAGCAACCCAUCCCCAAGCGCAAUCAUGUCGGUCAAGGUUGGAAUCAACGGGUUCGGCCGCAUCGGUCGCAUCGUCUUCCGUAACGCCCAAGAGCAUGGAGACAUCACCGUCGUUGCUUGCAACGACCCCUUCAUCGAGCCCCACUACGCCGCAUACAUGCUCAAGUACGACUCGCAACACGGCAUCUUCAAGGGCGAGAUCGAGGUGGACGGCAAGGACCUCGUGGUCAACGGCAAGAAGGUCCGCUUCUACAACGAGAAGGACCCCGCGUCCAUCCCGUGGAGCGAGACGGGCGCCGAGUACAUUGUCGAGUCGACGGGCGUCUUCACCACCAAGGAGAAGGCCGAGGCACACUUGAAGGGCGGCGCGAAAAAGGUCGUCAUCUCCGCCCCCUCCGCCGACGCCCCCAUGUUCGUCAUGGGCGUCAACAACAAGGACUACACCUCCGACAUCAGCGUCAUCUCCAACGCCUCCUGCACCACCAACUGCCUCGCCCCGCUCGCCAAAAUCAUCAACGACAAGUACGGCUUGAUCGAGGGCCUGAUGACCACCAUCCACUCCUACACCGCCACCCAGAAGACCGUUGACGGGCCCUCGAGCAAGGACUGGCGCGGAGGCCGCACCGCCGCCCAGAACAUCAUCCCCUCCUCCACCGGCGCCGCCAAGGCCGUCGGCAAGGUCAUCCCCAGCCUCAACGGCAAGCUGACCGGCAUGUCCAUGCGCGUGCCCACCGCCAACGUCUCCGUCGUCGACCUGACCUGCCGCAUCGAGAAGGGCGCCACCUACGAUGAGAUCAAGGAGACCAUCAAGGCCGCCGCUGCCGGAGAGUACAAGGGCAUCGUGGGCUACACCGAAGACGAAAUCGUCUCGUCCGACAUGAACGAGAACGAGCACUCGUCCAUCUUCGACGCCAAGGCCGGCAUCUCGCUCAACAACAACUUCGUCAAGCUGGUCAGCUGGUACGACAACGAGUGGGGCUACUCGCGCCGUGUGUGCGAUCUGAUUGCCUACGUUGCCAAGGUCGACGGCCACAAGACCAAGGAGGUGUAGAGGGCUGGAUUCGUGCUUCUGGUUCACACGUGGUGCAAUUCACAUCGAGAGCCGAGUACUUUGGUACACAAGCUAGCUAGGCUUUUGGUAGAAAAAUGAAAUCGUAGUAUUCGUGAGUG